AUGGCCACCUCUUUCUAUGCUCCUUUGGGGAGGAUCUCCGCUGGGAUGUCCUCCUCCAUUCUUCCACCGUUCCUCCCUCCUUCUUGUGUUUCUUCCUCCUCUGUUGGUUUACCACGAGAUUGGAAGAGUCUCAUCGCCACUCAGCCUCUUGUGUCGAAUGAGUUAACUUCUUCGAUUUCGCAUCAUCCGACCGAAAACGCCACCGCUCAUUUCACUUCGGCACAGUUCAACACCAGAAGUUCUGAGUGGGCUCUCUCUCUCUGGUGGGCUAUUCCAUCGAACGUCGAACAUACUACGAAGCCCUUUUCUCUACCAUCAAAAAAAUAUGGUCGCUCAAGGUUCAACAAUAGGGAAGAUUAUGAUAUGGCCUGGUCCGGGGGACCUUGGUUCUUCUUUGGCAAGCCUUUAAUUUUACAUAAGUGGACGCCGGAUUUUGUUCCUGUCCGUGAAGAGUUCCUGUCGAUCCCUCUAUGGAUCAAAAUUAAAAAAUUUCCCCUUUCCUGUUGGACGUCGGAGGGGAUUUCCAUGAUCGCCAGUUGCGUUGGGGUGCCACUGGCUGUUGAUGCUCUUACGGCUGCCAAGACCAGGCUCACCUUUGCUAGGGUGUGCAUUCAGGUUUGCAGUAACUCUCCUCUUCCCAAUGAGAUUUACCAUACCGUUGAUGGAAAAGUCUUCCCUCUCACUAUUAUUUAUGACUGGAAGCCAACCCAUUGUUCCUUCUGCAAUUCCAUUAUGCACGCCUCUAAUGCCUGCCCAAAAAAUCCUAAUCCCCAACCCCCUCAGGUUGAAUCUUCUAAACCUCGUAGCAUAAGCUCUAGCCGUAAACCAAGAAAUCCUAAUCCAACGCCAAGACUUAAUAUCCCCAAACCUCCUCCACCUCCUCCUUCUAUCCCUUUCGAGCCGCCUGUGGCCUCAGCUGCCUUACCAACUAUUAUCCAACCCACAUCCCAAGAUUAA